AUGUCCGCUUCACAGGACGAUGCCCAUGGAACCACCGCACCUACCGCUGCUCCCGUUUCUGCAAACGCUGCGGUGCGUCGUCGUCGUGCAACGGUCGACAAUACCACUGCUCGUCGCUUAGACGUGAUAGAUCUCGACCAAGUGAUUGCCCGUGUUCCCGCACACAACACCCCGCUCAACGCCAACGACGACCCGCUGGCGUAUUUUGACGCCGGAGAAGUUGACUGUGACGUAGAAGACACUGCCGACGAAGAUACCGACCCUGCAAUGGCGACAGACAGGUCCCGCUGGGAGGCGCACGAGGUUAUGCAGCUGGCGUGGAUUCGCCACGACUACGACGCGCAGUAUCGCGGCCAGACCCGCCUGCAAGGGCAAAACCGGGACGUGAUGUUAUUCGAGAAGCUGCGGGAGCGCCACCCUGAAUUCCGCCACAAUCUGGCCGCCGUGAAGGCAAAGGUAUUCCGCAUGGAGGCGCAAUAUAGGCGUGUGGGGGAUCUACUGCUCAAUGCAUCAGGCAAGGGCCGCCCCCCGAAGCUGCCCAUCUUCUACGAUAUCUUCGACAGAAUUUUGGGCGAUCGCGCAAAUGCUCGUCCGCCCGCGCUUGCCGGUAGCCUGCCUGGCGCUAAUGUCGUGAACUUGCCGUCUACCAGCACCAGUGCAAGUAAGAUGUCCGAGCCUCCAGGAAGCGUAGAGGCACGCCGCCAUCCGAGCGCGACGACGUGUCGGAGUGAAGCCUUCGUCCCGCGGCGAGAAGUGCGGCAUUUCGGCGGCGGGGCCGUGCUGCCACCAGGUGUUGCGCUCACGCGGAGGGAGAAGGCGAGGACGGGGGCCGAGAAGCAGGUCGAUAUUAUGUAG